AUGGCUCACUCCUCUCACUCCUGGAGGGAGAUGACGAAUGGAGGGGGGCACCCCCUCAUCACUAACGGAGGUCAGAACGGGGGUUCCCACAGCGCCGUGCGCUACAUGGUGAAGAAACAGCAGCCACGAAGAUGCAGGUCGUCCUCGCCAAUGGGCAGGGUCAUCCUCAUCAACGCACCUGUUGAUGGAGGCGAUGAUAGUGAAGACAUUCACACAGUGACAGUCGAUAAGAGUCCUGAUGGGCGUCUGGGUUUUAGCGUCCGCGGGGGUUCUGAACAUGGACUCGGCGUAUUUGUCAGCAAGGUGGACGAUGACAGCUCUGCAGCGCAGGCUGGGUUGACUGUGGGGGAUAAGCUGGUGGAGGUGAACGGGGUCAGCAUGGAGAGCAUCACCAUGGGUAGUGCUGUGAAGGUCCUGACGGGCAACAACAGGCUGAGGAUGGUGGUGAGACGGGUGGGCAAGAUUCCCGGCAUCCGCUACUCCACAGAGAAGACCACAUGGGUGGAUCUGAUUCACCGUCGGAUGGUGGUGGAGGAGAGCGGUUGCACGCCGUCAGAGUCCGGUUCGGACGGCGCUCUCCGCCGAAUCGUGCAUCUGUUCACCACGUCCGACGACUACUGCCUCGGCUUCAACAUCAGAGGAGGCAUAGAGUUUGGACUGGGGAUUUACGUCUCGAAGCUGGACCCAGGUGGGCUUGCAGAGCAGCAUGGUAUCAAAAUGGGCGAUCAGAUCCUGGCAGCCAACGGUGUCAGCUUCGACGACAUUACCCACAGCAACGCAGUGGAGGUCCUGAAGAGCCACACACACGUCAUGCUGACCAUCAGGGAAGCUGGUCGAUAUCCUGCAUACAAAGAGAUGGUGGCAGAGUAUGGCUGGCUCGAUAAACUUGCCAAUGGAGGCCCUGCUCCGUCGUCACAGGGUUCAGACUCCAACUCCUCGGCCUCGUCGUGGUCCUCCAGCACCCCCGUCAGCUCCCUCAGCGGUCUCUCCCAGCUCCUGUUUCCUCCUAGCUUUGGCUCAGAGAUGGUAGACGUUGCCAUUUCUGCACAAGACCGCUCUCGACGUCCAAGUAGCACUGAGCACACCGCCGACAUCGCCGUCCAGACCGACCCUCACACUCCACCUCGCCGGGAUCGUCCCUCGCCCAGCGGACCGCGCCCCGAGAGGCCGGCCGCCACGCAAACCAGCCGGACGGUCGGCGAGACGCUGCUGCUGAAGGACACCGUCAUACGUGGGAAAGGGGAGGGGCCAAAGGAAGCGGGAGGAGCUCAGGAGGGAGCAGGAGGACGGACAAGAACGCCGUCGUCCGGAGACAAGGAAGUAGAGAAGCACUCGCCGAAGACGGCGGCGCUGAUGGCCCUGAGCAGGCCUCGGAAGCCAAUCAGACGCUCCCAAAGCCACAUCACCGUGUCAGAGGACAGGAAGAAGAAGACGAAGCAUCAGAAGCAGAAGAGCCCAGCAGAGGGUAAAACCAGCCUGCAGCGCUCCAAAACCUUUGUCAACCUCUUAUUCAGGAAGGAUCGUAAAGAGAAGAGCCGCUCCAAAUCAUCGUCCCAACAUGCUGACAAAGAUAAGGAGCGGGGCUGCUCAGUCCAGCUUUUGAGGGACUCGCGGACUGGGAGCCCUCUUCCCCGACCCGAGACCCUGCAGCACGUGGAGGACAUGGCCGCAAAGCUGCUCUGCCAGGACGAGGCGGCCGCGGUGAUGAGACACUGCCAGCGAUUUUUGUCUGACGCUGCGAUCGAGGAUUUAGUUCGUCCCCUGCUGGCUAUUUUGGACCGGCCAGAGAAACUGCUGCUGCUGAGAGAAAUUAGGAUGCUGAUACCCACGACCGAGCUGGGCCGCUUCGACAGCAUGGUGAUGCCUUUUGAGCUGGAGGCGUACGAUAUUCUCAAGAGUCGCUCAUUACGUUCUCCAGCUCUGCGCUCCCCCCGCGGUGGAACUCCCCGCCGUCACCUCAUCACCCCAAUCCCAGACUCCAGAGGUGGAUUUCACCUUCAGCCUGUUCAGGACACAACGCGAAACCGACAGAUGAUCGAGGAACUGGAAAAACUGCGUGUGUCCGGACGCCAGUCGGGUCACCUGGCGCCGUCCCGUGCAUUCACCCCUCUACUGGACGUACCUGUGGACGGCGGCGCGACCUCUCCUGUGCGCUCCCGCUCCCUGAGCCCCUCUCCCGCCCACAGCGUCCUCCUCACAGAAUCGCCACUCGUCGGCCGGCGUGGACGGCAGCCUCGCCGCUCCCCGACCGCGCUGUUGUCCGUGUCCGAUCGAGCGGAGGCGGAGGCGGCGGCGGCAGCGGCUCCUGAACGGGGGAGGUCACCUGUGAGGAACGGGCGCGGGAGAGCAAGGAGGGAGGGGAGUCCCGACAGCGUGGAGGCCAGGCUGAGCCGACAGGAGGACUACACCGAGGUCAGGGUGAACGUCCCCUCGCAGCGCCGAGCCAGACCGCCUCUGGCCGAGGUCUUUGAUCCACAGACGGAGAGGAGCCCGUCCACAAGUAGAGGGAUCAGCCAGCAGAUCAACGGACAGUCACAAAAUACUAAAAGAACAAUUUUGCUUCCUGAAGAGUAUGAAAUCAAGACUUUGAACAUCUCCAAGGCCAACCCGUCACUGGGAAUCAGCAUCUCAGGAGGAAUGGAGUCCAGGGUUCAACCCAUGAUAAAGAUUGAGAAAAUCUUCCCGGGAGGAGCAGCGUCUGCAAAUGAGGAUCUGAGGGCGGGAUGCGAGCUGCUGUCUGUGGACGGCGAGAGUCUGCACGGAGCGACUCUCCAGCGCGCCGUGGACGUGAUCUGUCGCUCAUACAGCAACAAAGCCAAAGACCCCAUGGUGUUCGUGGUAAAGGAUCCCAAGACCCUCACGGCCCCUGCAGGCCCCAGGAGACCCGCUGACUGA